AUGAUGUUCACUAAGACUUUCGGCAUCGCCGCCGCCUUCGCCACUCUGGCUUCCGCUCUGCCCUCGGGCAUGAUGGUCCGUCGCAACGACACCGUCCCCGCCAGCGGCUCCGUCCUGAUCACCAACAACCUGAACAUGGACGUGUAUGCCUGGUCCGUGACCGACGUCGUCGGCCCCAUGCAGACCCUGCCCGCCAACGGCGGUACCUACUCUGAGGCCUGGCAGACCAACCCCAACGGCGGUGGUGUCUCCAUCAAGCUGGCCACCGACCCUAGCCAGACCGACGUGCUCCAGUUCGAGUACACCCAGGCCGUCGACACCAUCUUCUGGGAUCUGUCCUGCAUCAACAUGCAGUCUGGCUCCGACUUCACUCAGUACGGUUUCUCCGUCCUGCCCUCCGAGGGCGAGUCUUCCUCCUGCCCUUCCGCCGUUUGCGCGGCCGGAGACGCCAACUGCGCCGCUGCCUACCUGUUCCCCAGUGAUAACCAAGCCACUCAUGGAUGCCCCAUCAACACAGGUCUGGCCCUGACCAUCGGCCAGUCCUAA